CUCUCUGUAGUAGCUAUUGCACAUACCGGAAUAAUGUCUGACCAGCCUACUAUUCGCCUUGCGACUCCCGAGGAUGUCCCGAUCAUCCACCAGUUCAUCUGCGAGCUGGCAGAUUAUGAAAAAGCCCUGCACGAAGUAGAGGCCACUCACGAGUCCCUCCUUGAAACCUUGUCCUUCCCCGAUAGCCCGCCCAAGCGUGGCUCCGUGUACACCGCGCUUAUUACCCCUCCUGCGACGGCGGAGAACCCCACACCCAAGCCUGUCGGCAUGGCGCUCUUCUUCUACAACUACUCUACGUGGCGCGCAGCUCCGGGAAUCUAUCUUGAGGAUCUUUAUGUCCAGCCGAGUGCUCGGGGCAAUGGUUACGGCUUCAAGUUGCUCAAGUACCUUGCCGCCAAGGUACUGGAGAUUAAGGGAAGACGUCUUGAGUGGAGUGUUCUGAAAUGGAAUGAGCCCAGCAUCAAGUUCUAUGAGCAGGUCGGGGCUAAAGCCAUGGAUGAGUGGACCAAGAUGAUGAUGGAGGGUCCGGCGUUGAACAAGUUGGCGGAGGGAUUGUGAACGAUCUAAGAGCCUGAUCAAAAGAUGCGGGAGGAAGUGGAGGGAUUAUUUAUGCAUGUCCAUCCCGAUCGCAAUAAACUGUACAGAUUACAAUUCUAGAUUAAAUGUUGUGGCUGUGGCUUUCAAGC